AUGGAAGAUUUAGUCUUAGCCAGCUUAGAUUCCGCAGUUUUUGACGUGGACAAUUUGAUUGAGAAUAUUGCCUAUAAAUCAACCGAUGGAAAUGUCAUCAAUGAAAACUUUGAUCCAUACGUCUUAGAAGGGAAAUUUCGUCAAGCAAUGUCGAUUUUACAAGAUUGUCAAGUCCAAACCGAACAAAAUAUCAAACAUCUCGAAGAAGCAUGCGAGAAAGAACGAAAUACCUGGGCCAAUAGUGUUGCACAACUUGAAGAACUAUACCAAUCCACAUACACUGGUCAACAAGAACUCGAGAUGCGAAUUAGUGUAAUUUCAACAAAAGUCAUUCAAAUAGGUCAUCAACUUGAAAGCAAAAGCAAUCCACGUCAACAACUGGUUGAUGCAAGAACAACCGCUAAAUAUUUAGAACGUUUUCUCGAUGCCAACGACGAUGUUAGUCUAAUGUUUCAAGAUGCAUCGAAACUUGAACAAGCUGCACAUAUCAUUCAUCAGUUAUACAAUGUGUUGCAAGAAUUACCUGAUGAAGCGAAGUUUACCGAUGCAAAAAACAAAGUCAAAGAGCGUUACAUGGCAAUUGAAGAAGAUCUACUCUUGGAGUUUUCUCGAGCACAAGUUCGAAACGAUAAAAAGGCUAUGAAGAAAUAUAUCAAACUACUUUCGAAAUUUAAAGGACACAAUGAUUGCAUACAAAAUUUUAUUACAGAUUGUCUAAAAGGCUAUUUCGACAAUCCAAAUAUUGAUAUAUUCAAUUCGAUUCCACAAUUAUUUGUCAAAGUUUCGGAACUCAUUAAUGAACUAUUCGAUCAACCCGAAAAAGUCACCGAACGAUUAAUAAUUACUGUUUACAUGGAAAAAUUAGCGCCUUAUGUUCGUGAUCAGCUCGAACCAUAUCUACGUGAUCCUGGCCUGGAAAACAUGGAAAAAUAUCUUCAGACGUUGUACACAUUGCAUAAAAAAGCAACGAAACUAUCUCAUGAUUUACAAACUCAAAAGAUUAGCGACGAUCCAGCAUUUUUGCACAAGCUCAAUCAAUAUGUUUUCAAAACUUAUUUGAAAACCUAUAGCGAAUAUGAAUUGAGUUGUUUAGAAGAAAAAUUUCAAGUACAUCUGGAAAGAUUAGAAUUAACUGGUGGACAGCGUCGAAUGAAACCAACUGGGCUCAGCAUCACCGAUAUCAUUCAACAACGACUUUUGAAUACGGAUCAAGUAGAUGAAUCUCGAUUUUCACCUGAUCUAGCUGCAGCUCUCUUGAACGAUUGUCGAACAGCGAUGACUCGAAUCACUACUUUAUCCGAAGGAACGGAGGCGUCGGAAAAUAUUCUUCAAUGUUUUCGACGUUUACUCAAUGCUUUGGGUAGUCAACAUAUUGAUACUGAAUUACAAUAUAGUUUACAAGCCAUACCUGGUCCAGAACCAAAACAAGAGCCAGACAUACGUUUCUUCCAGGCUAUACUUCAAACGAACAAUAGCAUUCAAUUGAUUGAACGCUAUUUCGUCAUGGAUAUUGCCCCGUUGCUUUUAGGUACACAACAGCAAACCGUACUUUUACAAUCAAAAGAAAAAGUCUUUGGUCAAUUAGAAGAAUUAAUCAAUGUUGGUGUAGACAAAUCUUUAUCAUGUAUUAUCGGCUAUGCUCGAAAUAUUCUCAAUGAACAAAAACGAUCCGAUUUCAAACCAGAAAGUGACCUGUCUAUAUAUGAAUGUUCACCGAUAUGUAAACGUGUUGUUCGUUCGAUUGACACCCAAAUAACUCGACUCGAGCAAAAUGUUGAUGGAAAAAAUUUAAUAGGUAUUUUAAACGAAUUCGGUCUUCGUUUUCAUCGCUUAAUUAUCGAUCAUGUUUUUAAAUUCGAAUAUAAUAUCUCAGGCGGUUUAAUGAUGCUGCAAGAUGUGAGUGAAUAUAAAAAAUGUUCGAAAAAAUUUCGUAGCUCAACCGUUGAACAACUAUUCUCCAUUCUACAUGCACUCGUCAACCUAUUGGUUGUUGUACCUGAUAAUCUUCGUCAAGUUAUCACCGAAGGACAUCUCGCAUCAUUAACUCGCGAUAUCAUUGAGUCAUUUGUACAACUGCGUACGGAUUAUAAAUCAGCUCGAUUACACACCAUGAUUAGUAGCGAGCAAUAA